AAUAAAAGAAAGCUAUUAUUAUUAUAUUAUUAUUUAUAUUAGUAUACUAUAAUAGGGACCUCACAAAUUGUGAAAAAGUCUAGUCUUUUGAUCUUGUUAUUUAUCUAAUCUAUAUAUCUAUAGCUCCCCCAGAAAAAAAAAAAAAAAAAAAAAAAGGAAAGGAAAGGAAGGGAGAGUAAUAUAAGGUCAAGUCAACAACCCAAGUCUUUUUUGUAUUUGAUGAUGCCGGCGGCAAUGCGGCAAUGCCUCGUGUUUGUGUUUCCGUUGUUACUAAUCUCGUUGACGUUGGUCACUGCUCAAGGAUCCGGCGGCAAUAAUACUUCUCGAUGGCCAACUCUCAAUGGAGACCGGCCAUUAGUUGUAGCACACGGUGGAUUUUCAGGACUGUUUCCUGGUUCAAGUUUUAAUGCCUACACAUUUGCUCUCAUCACUGGCCUACCCGAUAUGAUCCUGUGGUGUGAUGUCCAACUGACCAAAGAUAACUUUGGCAUUUGUUUUCCUGAUCUCAAUCUUCAAAAUUCUUCCACAAUCGAACAGGCCGCUAAUAAGUCGGCUCAAAACACCUACGAUGUCAAUGGCGUUCCCACCACCGGUUACUUUCCUAUCGAUUUCAACAUCGCUGACCUUGACCAAGUCUUCUUAACACAGGGUAUUUACUCUAGAACUCCAUACUUUGAUUAUGCCUCAAAGAUCCUUACUGUUGAUGAAUUGGCGGCCCGACUUACCCUACCAGCGUUGAUCUGGUUAAAUGUCCAGCAUGAUGCCUUUUAUAGGCAACAUAAUUUCAGUAUGAGAAACUAUGUGAUUGCUACUUCAAGAAAUGUUGUCAUUAACUACAUAUCCUCUCCCGAAGUAACCUUCCUUCAAAGUAUCGCCCCACGAUUCAAUCCCAGAACCACCAAAUUAAUUUUCAGGUUUCUCGGAAAAGAUGACAUCGAGCCGACCACAAACACCACAUAUGGUUCACUUUUGGGGAACCUGACGUUUAUUACGACCUUUGCUUCUGGGAUAUUAGUUCCUAAAACUUAUAUAUGGCCGGUGGGUCGUGAUUUGUAUCUGCAACCUUCUACUUCCUUGGUCUCCGAUGCUCAUAAGGAGGGUCUGCUUGUUUUUGCUUCCGAUUUUGUGAAUGAUGUUCAGCUACCAUACGAUUACAGUUAUGAUCCUGUACGAGAGUAUCUCAAUUUUGUUGAUAACAAGUUCAACUUUGCUGUCGAUGGUGUGCUUUCUGAUAACCCAAUCACCCCAUCCGCGGCAUUUGACUGCUUAUCUCACUUGGGCCCAAACAAAACUCAAGCAAAACCAUUAAUUAUAUCACACGAAGGAGCAAGUGGUGACUUUCCGGGUUGUACUGAUUUAGCGUAUCAAAGAGCUGUUACAGAUGGUGCAGAUAUCAUCGAUUGUCCUGUUCAGUUGACGAGUGAUGGAAUACCCAUUUGUUUAGGCUCUAUCAACCUCCUUGACAGAACAACAGUUGCCCAGUCAAGUUUUAUUAACAUGACAUCAACCAUUCCCAAUCUUGGUUCUGGAAUAUUUACUUUCAGUCUCACCUGGGACCAGAUUCAAACCUUAAAACCCGCGCUGUUCAAUACGUAUUCAAACUAUUCGUUUUUAAGAAAUCCAAAAGCUGUUAAUGAUGGGAACUUUAUGACACUAUCUGACUUUUUGAACUUUGCUAGUAAUGCUAGUGUUUCUGGUGUUUUGAUCAACAUUAAGAACGCAGCUUACCUAGCCGGUGAGCAGGGAUUAAGUGUAACAGAUGCAGUAAUGGAUGUUUUGAAUAAAUCUAGGAUAAACAACCAGAGAACCAAGAAAAUCUUGAUCCAGUCAUCGGAUAGUGCAGUUUUGAAACUGUUCCAAGCAAGAAGCAACAGACAUGAACUUGUUUACGAGGUUGAUGAGAACAUACGUGAUGCCCUCAAUUCAACAAUUGCAGAUAUCAAGGAGAUUGCUAAUUCCGUAAUCGUUGGGAAAGAGUCAGUCUUCCCUCAAAAUAAUGGAUUUCUUAUUGAUCAGACUGAUGUUGUAGCAAAGCUUCAUGCUUUCAAGCUCCCUGUGUAUGUACAAUUCAUGAACAAUGAGUUUAUUUCACAGCCAUGGGACUUCUUUUCAGACCCAUAUGUCGAAAUUAACUCGUAUGUUAAUGGAGCUAAUGUGGAUGGAGUCAUUACAGAUUAUCCAGCUACCGCUGACAGAUACAGAAGGAACAGUUGUUUAAGGCUACCAGCAGAUCAGCGGCCAACAUACAUGUCUCCAGCAGCGCCAGGUCAAUUGUUUCCGAUCAUGACACCUCAAUUGAUGCCACCAGCCGAGGCUCCCAACCCAGUUUUGAUAGAUGCUGAUGUGGCUCAAGGACCCCUGCCUCCAGCUGUUAAGCCAUCACCCCCAUCUGGCGGGUCAACAGCACCACCCCGUGCUUCACCAAGUGGUCAACCACCCAAAGCUGUAGUAAGGAUUCUGUUUUCUCUUUUGGCUAUAGUUGCAACACUUGCAUUGCUGUUUUGAGGUGAAAGAAGAAAUGCACAAUGAUCAUUCCAUGUGUAUGUGUAGUAACGAUUCCAUGGCUAGUUUAGGACUACAUACCUACUUGAAUAUUGUCUCGAUCUCCCUUAAUUUUGAUAUUGAUAUUGAUAUUGUAAGUAGUAUUACAUUUUAAUUGUUGUAUUUAAUUUUGAAAAUGAACAUGGAUAAUGUGGCUGUGAGGAAUUCUUUCUUUCUUUGUACCAAAUGAAUAAAUACUGGGUUUUUUUAA